CCGUGGUUUACAUUGUAUUGUAGAAAAGAAAAAUGAAGGAGUGCAAUUAGCGAUCAACUAAUAUCAAAUCAUUCUUCUUCCACUUCAUUCCCAACUGUAUCUCCUUCAGUCACCGUCGCCACUCAACUCCAACCUACCCAUCAAUCAUUUCUUCCACAAUUUUCCAAAUUGAUGACAAAAGAUCAAAACUUUCUCAAAUUCAAUAACCCCCAUUAAGGUUUUUCUUCUUUUCACUUGAACAAAAAAAAAAUCAUAUUUUUAUUCAUUUUCAUCACAAUUUCAUAUCAUUGUUAUUGAGCUUAGUUAAUUUUUCUAUUUUAAUUGUAAUCAGUUUAGCUAAUUUUAUGUUUUUUGUAUCAUAACAUCUUAGUCAUAGUUUUAUGAACGAAAGUUUAAGUGAGUUGGGUCCUAUUGACCUCAGAGAGCGCUAACAGAGGUACUUACAAAUUAUCUGCCAGCAAGGUCAUUACACUGGCAGAGGAAGUAAAAUUUUCUCUGUUGCGUAUUAUGAGUCAACUUCAUACCAACUGAACGAGAGUACAAGGUAGGGAGAUAGGUUUUUAUGAGUAUGAGUAUAAGGUGGCCAAGAGUGUUGAAUCCAACUUACCUUACUCAGAUUAUAAGAACUCAAAAGAACCCUUUAAAGGCUUUGGAAAUUUUCAAUGAAGCCAAAUUAAAGUACCCUAAAUACUCCCACAAUGGUCCUGUAUAUGCCACCAUGAUCAAUAUCCUUGGAACAUCAGGAAGACUCAAAGAGAUGAGUGAUUUGAUUGAGCAAAUGAAAGAAGAUUCAUGUGAAUGUAAAGAUUCAGUAUUUGUGUCUGCGAUUAAGACAUAUGCCAAAGAAGGGCUAGUAGAUGAAGCAAUCUCUCUUUAUAAGAACAUUCCUCAGUUUAACUGCGUGAAUUGGACACAAUCUUUCAAUACCCUUUUGGAGAUAAUGGUGAAUGAGAAUAAGCUUGAAGAUGCUCAUAGUCUUUUUGUUGAGAGUUCUUGCGGUUGGGAAGUGAAGUCACGCGUUCAGGCGUUGAAUUUGCUUAUGUAUGCUUUGUGCCGGAAGAGUCGAUCGGAUUUGGCAUUGCAGAUAUUUCAAGAGAUGGAUUAUCAAGGGUGCUACCCUAAUAGGGAAAGUUAUUUGAUUGUGAUGAAGGGAUUGUGUCAGGAUAAGAGGCUACAUGAGGCGACUCAUUUAUUGUAUUCAAUGUUUUGGAGAAUCUCUCUGAAAGGUAAUGGUGAGGACAUUGUAAUCUAUAGAACUCUAUUGGAUGCUUUAUGUGAUAAUGGAAAAUUUGAUGAAGCUGUGGAAAUUCUCGGUAAAAUUUUGAGGAAAGGACUGAAAGCUCCAAAGCGAUGUUAUAACCGACUUGAUAUCAGUCAAUGUGGUGAUGGUAAAGAUGCAGAAGUCACUAAACGUUGGAUUCAUGAAGCUUUGGUUAGGGGUUCGGUUCCUAGCACUGCUAGUUAUACUUCCAUGGCGGUUGAUCUAUACGAAGAAGGUAAGAUAGAUGAGGCUGAUAAAGUUAUCAUUGAAAUGAAAGACAGACGUUUUAAACCAAAACAUUCUAUUUUUGAGGCAAAGGUAGCUGCUUUGUGUAAGGUUGGUAAAGUAGAUGAAGCAAUCAAGGUAAUUGAAGAGGACAUGGUGGAAGUCAAUUGUCUACCAAAUGCUACAGUGUAUACUAUUCUCUUGAAAAACCUGGGUGGUGUAGGAAAUUCAACAUCAGUGCUCGAGAGCUUGAACAAGAUGUCGAAAAAGGUAAAUUGCAUGGCUGACAAAGAAACUUAUUGCAUUUUACUAGAAAUGCUUUGUCGCGAGAGAAAGUAUCUUGAGGCAAGCCAACUUUUGGAGCAAAUGUCAAUUAAAUCAUAUUGGCCUUGUGCCAAUACUUACAAUUUGCUCAUUGAGGGUCUUUGCUCCUUAGGUAGGCAAUAUGAAGCUGUUAUGUGGUUGGAGGACAUGAUAAGCCAAGGAAAGCUUCCUGAAAUUUCUGUAUGGAAUUCAUUAGCAUCUUCAUUUUGUAACUCAGGGAUGAUGAAAGUGUCUACUGAGACAUUUGAUCGUAUAAGAAGUUUGUGAUUCUGAAUUCUGAUGUAAAAUAAUAUGAUUUUAUAAUGAAUAGAAUCUUGUAUUACUAUUUUUUUUCUUUCAAAUAUACUUAUGCUUCUUCAUUAGCUUUAAA